UGAGUUGUUUACCUGUCAAGCAACAAUUUUGUUUUUGCAUUUCUGUUUUUUUCUGUAUCUAAUUUCAUUUUUUAUAUAGCGUUUGUUUUAACUGUUGGUCAGACAAGAAAUUGAGACAUUGGAUGAUAAUGGAAAAAAAUCUCUGCGCACCUGAAUGUGACAGGAGCGUCGGAAGAGGUGCAAUCAUGGAAAAAAACCUCUGCAGACUGUUUCGCUCACUGCUGAAAUAUUUAUUGUAAUAAUGUUUCUGCCUUUCCGACAUUCAUCAGGUAUAUGUACCUGUAUGUAUGUAUGUGUGUAAAUAUAUACCCAGUUAAGGUAGGAAAGGCUGAAGCAUUACAAUAAAUAUUUCAGUAGGAAGUGCGACAGUGUUUGGAAGUUCUUUUGCUCCACUAUUUUCUGAAAUUUUACAGACUAAACAAUUGAUUUGCUUUAAAUCCGAGGUCAGGAGCACAAACUACCCCCUCAUUUUUAUGAUUUUUGUUCUUUUAGCUACUCAACUGAUGUACAAACAAAUAUUAAAUUGCACUAAAGUAUGAUAUGACAAACUGAACAGGGCAUUUCACAGCUUUAAAAAUGCAGGAUAAUCACUGUAAACUUCUCGUUUUAAAAUAUGUGUCCAACUUGUUUUCAUCAUAUUGUGAUUAUGAUUUUUUUUUUGUCCACUAGAUGGCAGCAGGUACUUGUGUAAAAGUCUGAUUUUACAUGCUCCUUUAGUGUUACAAGGUGGAAACAUUGUUGUUACUGAGUCACAAGCAUUGAUAGGUUUGUGUUGUCAGGAAGUCAUCUAGGUAUGAGACUGUCAGGUUUGGGAGGGACGAGCAGCAGGUGGUGAGACCUGCUCAGUUUGGUGUUUAGAGAGCCUGAAAUGCAAGAUGUCGAAUCUGUUCCUACUGCUGCUGGUUAUGUGUCUUCCUCAGUGCAGUCAAGGAAAACACUUGCUUCGCUUUUUGACUUUCUGUCAGAGGGACGUGAAGGAAGAUGGCCAGUACGAUAUUGAAUUCGAUGGCGAUCAGCUCCUCUACGUCGACCCUGUGACCCAUCGGGCGGUGCAGCGUCUGCCAGAGUUUGCAAAGCACUUGAUGAUUGAUCUUGAAAUGGCCAGAGACACGUACGUGUCCCUGGGCACCUGCAAGUACAACAUCCCAUGAGCCAUAAAGGGAGAAAAUUAUCCUCCAGAGGCCCUUGCCAUUCCCACCUCCAUGAUCUACCCCAAACACGAGAUGGAGCUCCAGGUGCCCAACACACUCAUCUGCCAUGUGAACAACUUCCAUCCACCUACAGUCGCCAUAACCUGGACCAGGAACGGGCAGCCGGUGGACGAGAGCGAGGUCAGUCAGACUCAGUACUACUCCAACAGCGACUUCAGCUUCCAAAUCUUGUCCUACCUGGACUUCACUCCGCAGGAGAGCGACAUCUACUCCUGCAGCGUGGACCACAUCAGCCUGCAGGAGCCUCUCACAACGUUCUGGGAUGUUGUUGCAGUCCAGACAGACCAGCAGGUUGUCGAGAUGGCAGUGUGUGUUGCUGGUGUGAUCCUGGGGCUGAUUGGAGUUGUCACAGGACUCUGGUUCAUCGUGAAAGCCAACAAGUCCUGCCAGGCGUAGCACGCAUCAAGACAAACACCUGAAUUUCGAUGUCAGAUGUGUGACAGCCUUGAUCUUUUUUCCUUUGUGUUUUUCCUCUGGG